GAGCCUGCGCCUCAGGCCCAGAACUGCAGGGGCCUCGGCCCAUUAUUUUUUUUAAUAUUCGAUUAAUUGAAAUGAGAAAGGAAAUUCUAUCUUCCAAUCGUUUUUCCCUCAUUCACCGGUGACUGGGGAAUCGAUUGCUCCCAGAGUCCUUGAGUCCCGCCUCAAACUCCAACCGGACGACGACCAGGCUGGCAGACGAGGUGACGGCGUCAGCCCUCAUUUGAAGUUCAUCUCCUCCUUAGGCGUCUUCUUCUCCAAUCUCCACUCUCUUUCAUAAAUUACACGAGCACUCAUCAAACCACAAAACAAUUUCAACCCUAACGCUCGGCCGGCCCUCACAGCUGCUCGCUCCGUGACCAGUGACCUCCGUCGCUCGAGUUGCCACCCAACACGGCUUGUGAGUUGUGACGGUGGUCCGUGGAAUUCUCAAGGGCGUGAUUUCAUAAUUUUCGUUGAAAUUCUACUUUUCAGUUAUUGAGGUUUCUCACACUGGGAGGAAGAUAUAAUUAUGAUUUACACAGCAAUUGAUACGUUUUAUCUGACAGACGAACAGCUCCAAAACUCGCCCUCUAGGAGAGAUGGGAUAGAUGAAGCUACAGAAACUACACUUAGAAUCUAUGGUUGUGAUCUCAUACAAGAGAGCGGUAUUUUGCUGAAAUUACCUCAAGCUGUGAUGGCCACUGGUCAGGUCUUAUUCCAUCGUUUCUAUUGCAAGAAGUCAUUUGCUAGAUUUAAUGUGAAGAGGGUUGCUGCGAGUUGUGUAUGGCUUGCUUCAAAACUAGAAGAAAGUCCUAGGAAAGCAAGGCAGGUCCUUCUUGUUUUUCACAGGAUGGAAUGUAGAAGGGAAAACUUAUCCAUCGAGCAUUUGGACACGUCUUCUAAGAAAUAUGCGGAUCUGAAGGCAGAUUUGAUCAGAACUGAGAGGCAUCUUUUGAAAGAAAUGGGUUUCAUCUGCCACGUCGAGCAUCCUCAUAAAUUUAUAUCAAAUUAUCUUGCUACUCUUGGAACUCCUACAGAACUGAGACAAGAAGCAUGGAAUCUUGCAAAUGAUAGAGUGAAUAUUCUUUAUUUCCAGUCAGAUUAUAUGUAUAAUGUUUAUAAUGGCAUUGCUCUAACAUGGGUAUUGUGCUUUCNAUGCAAGGAAGGGGGUUCAUUUGCAACAUCUAAUCGAUCAUGGGAUUCACCUCAUCAGUCUGUUCCGAAAGAUGGUUCCUUGACUGGACCUACCGCAAAUGAAGAUCGCACUAGUGCAAAAGGUUCCUCUUCAGCGGUAAAUCAGGAACUGGGUAAGGAUGUAGUAGUAAAAGCCGACCUUGACAAGCUAAAGGAGUUGAAGAAGAGUGACGAUGACUCUAAAAGCAUGCCUACUGGUGGAGAAUCAAGAGAAGAUCCAGAGUCCAAAUUGAUGUCUGAUCAUAGAACAGAGAAUGGUGGUGAUAGCAACAAGGGAAGGGACAAAGAUAGGGACAGGGAUAGGGAGAGAAUGAGGGAGAAAGAGAAAACAAAGAGCAGAGACCACGAUAAAGGGCGGGAAUCUGACAGGGAAAGGGGACGGGAGGAAACUGAAAGGGACAGAGAUAAAGUCAAGGAAAGGGGCCACCGUUCUAGGGAAAAAGGAAGAGACUCUGGACGUUUCGAGAAAUCAAAACAUCACUAUUCUCGAGAUCGAGAACACCACAGCUCGUCCUAUUCUUCAAGGGAGAAGGAUCGCCGCAAACAUUAUUAGUAUGAUUAAACUGAGAUGGAAGGUGCUAUACUCUGUUAUGCUGCUACUUUCUUGCAGUUACCAAAUUCUUGAUCUGAGAAAAAAAGGACAUUAGAAAUUACUUUCCUCUCAAUGUUAAGGUACCAUUCCCUCAACAGUGGAACCAAUGUUGUCAAGUAGUCUUACGAAACCAUUGAUAUUGACUUUUGGUACUUGUAACGAGAAUCCUUGUUUCUUUUCUAUGUUGAAUGUAUUUGUUGACGACCAUUAGGAAAACGGCGAGCUUCUGGUUUUCCAUUGAGAAUGAGAAUUGUGUCCAACUUGGCCUAAAUGGAGAUUGUGAAUGAAUGACCUUGUUCUUGCUCCUUAAACAACAUAUGAUAAGAAUGUCAUGCCUGCA